AGAGAGAGAGAGAAAGAGCGGAAGAGAGGCGAGAACCGACAAUUCCUCUCUCGCCCAAUUAUUACGCAUUCGCAUCGCUCGGACUCGCGUGUGGUACCUGCGCUACCUGCGUCGCAUCCUGCAGCGCGCGCUCGAGAUGUCUAUAUUUAACGCAUUUCCCGCUCGAGAGCGAAUUGCUAAUCAAUCCUAAUUAGCGCCUCUCCGUCUCUUUUCAGCCCUAUCAGCGGCAUCGGCCGUGCGGAGAAGAAUUUUAUUAUCUCUGAGCGAGGCUAAUCAACGUAAGUGCGGCCUGCCCUUGUCAGUCAGACAGUCAGUCAGUCGGUCAGUCAGUCAUCUUCGAUCCUCGAGCGCGCAAUACUCGUACUUGUGUGAACGCGACUCUUUUCAUUGUGCUCUUAUUGAUUUCUCUUUUUUCUCUCGUUUCUAUUCCUUUUUCUCUCUACGCGUGUUGAUCUCUCGUCUCGUCUCCCAUCGUUGUCGCUCGCGUUGCAACACAAUCGAAUCUGACCAAUACCGCGACGAGAUAAUGUGCGUAACCCGAUAUACACAAAUUUCGCAAACUUUCGUCAUACACUUAUCGCGAUGACUCUCGCGUCGAAUAAAUAACCGGCAGCAGCGGCUCAAUUCGUUAAGAUGCUCCUUGUCUUAGUAUGAGCGACUCGCUCGUUUUUACAGCGUCCUACCGCUGAGAUCGUGCCUCUCCCUCUCUCUUUUCUCUCCCCGCCGAACCGGGUGCUCUCUUCGCUGAAGAGACUUUGUAAGUGGUGAAUUUACCUCGAAGACAGUCUCUCCGACAAAUAAGAAACGUGUUUCGUUCUGCGACGAGACGUAUGAGAAAAGAAAGCGAGAUUACAAGGGCUGAAUUAUUAUUUUACUAACUUAUACUGACUGACCAAUUACUCAACGACAUAUCUUAUUUAACAUCGCGAUAAUCACUCAGGCGGCACUCGCUUAACUCAUUACGACAACAAACUACUGCUAAGUAACUCGUCUUCAGGUUUCCGGAGAGGGAAACAGUCCCGUUGAAGGAGACUGACGCCGCAGCGUGGGAUCACAGGUGCGUCGCAUCAUCUUCGGUGAGCAGCCGCGGUCUGCGAAGGUGAACACUUCUUUCGUCCGACGGUCGUGGCGAUCGGGGGAGCGCAACAUCGGCGCAGGACCGCAUGCGGUUUAGCUCGAAAAUAGAUCUGUCCAUAGCGCGUCGAACGUAGAAAAAUAACAAACUCUCGUCUCGCACGUCGUCAUAGCUCGUCAUACAUGAGAUUGCAAAGACAUGAGUAGAAGAGGACACGGAGGAGACGGAAGCUGCGCUUGAGAGCGAACCGUGAACGCAUCACGAGUCGCGCGCCGAUCGACAAAAUUUCGACGGCACACGGAGAGAGAACCGAUCGCAAUUAAUUGAUCGAUAAGUCGCGAGUGUCCAAGCGACCAUGACACCGAAGCAAGCGGAAGGCUGGCUGGCAGUUUUCUACGGCAGCUCCAUGGUCCUCUCCGUCACGUCCAUCAUCUCGCUGGUGACAGCGUGGCAGCAUUGGUCAUGGACCUUGGACAGCUGCUUCAACGUGAGCUGCGGCUGCAUACUGUACGGCAUAAACACAUUCAACACGUUCAUCGGCGGCGACGUGAAGCUCUGCCAUUUCAGCGCGUACGCCCUCAUACCCGUCAUCGUAAUCGGCUUGUGCCUCAGCUCGUAUCACGGAUACAGGUGUUGCGUGCAGAAGAAUCUGGAUGAGCCUAAGCGACUUAACGGCGCGGUCACACGCAACGAUGACAGGCGCAACCUCAACGAGCAAGUUGUGAUCCAUGUGAAAUCGAGAUCGCAAUGCAAACAGUGGAUACCAGCAGCUUUCAUCGCUGCAUUGGUUUGCUGCUUGUCUCUCGCCCAUGCGGUCGUGCUAACCGACGGUUACUACGAAACCUGCAAUCAAUACAGACGAAAUAUCAUACAAUUGUUAGGAUCGAGAGGACGCGAAGCUCAGGCGAUUCACGACAGACUGUCGUGCGGCGGGAUCUUCGAUUUCAUGGACUAUCUGCAGCCGGAUGCUAACAACUGGGUGCGCGGCAGCGAGAUUAACACCGGCAUCGCGCUCCAGCUCGCGAUAUCCACGAGUUGGCUGAAUUUCUUCGUCUGGCUCGCGGCGUUCUCGAUAAACAUGGUCAUGGCGAGGAAGAGGCUACAUAACUUGGGAGAGAAGUUCUGCUGCUGCUGUUGAUGAACGACAUUCUCCACGGAACCGCGUGUCCACCACUCCACGUGUCACGAACUGGAAGCGUCUCGAUAUCUGUCGUGAAAUGUACCAGCUUCCAGGAACUCGUGCUGGAUGUUUCACAGUCGUCGUACUCCACCGAAGUGAUGUGUGAAAUCCGCGACUCGGAGGUUCCUGAAAGAAACGCGCGCGUAGCUGCAGUUAAUUCAUCAGCACAUUGAUACACAUUUCAUACGUUUUAUACAAAGACAACGUUGUCGAUCGACUGCUUCUCUUCACGCCCGGAAUGUCGGGAAGUUAAUCGCAUUUCCUCGGUACAUUUUCGUACAGACUGCGUCACGCACGUACGCAUGUGUGCUUAGAUGUUCAGAAGAUCAGAAGCUCCCGCUUUUACAUUAAUCCUUGAAACACGCCGCAAUAUCGCGUGCCAAUAAUGCAGGAAGCUGCAGAAGAUCACUGUAACAGCUAUUUGUGCGUGGUGUGACGAGACGAGUUACGAGGGUAGUCCCAGAAGUACCUGACCUAACAAAGAAAACACAAAAAAUUUGGGAAAAAAUAUCUUUAUUUCUCUAUAUAGUCUCCUUUUAGCUCAAUAU